AAUAUGUGUGCGUGUUAAGCUAGAUAACAAAAGGGAGUAAACAAACGGUCAGCUUAUUUUUAUCAUCCACGCGCAGAAAAAGCCAAAACACACGAGUCCUUUCGACAAACUCAUCCAUCAUUUAACACCCAGCCCAUCACCACCACCACAUUCUAUCAUCAAAAUCAUGGCAACGACGACCGAUACAGAUCCCAUCCACACAGAUCCACCUCCAAACAAGCAGAUCUUCAUCCUCUCCGGACAAAGCAACAUGGCGGGACGCGGCGGCGUCUUAAAGAAGCUCCGCCGAUGGGACGGCGUGGUUCCACCCGAAGCACACCCGCACCCAUCGAUAUUCCGGCUGAGCGCGAAGAAGCAUUGGGAGGCGGCGUGUGAGCCACUACACGCCGACAUCGACACAAAGAAGACAUGUGGGGUGGGGCCGGGGAUGGUGUUCGCGAACGGAGUGAGAGAGCGGGUGGGGACAGUGGCGCUAGUGCCGUGCGCCGUCGGAGGAACGGCGAUCAGAGAGUGGGCGCGCGGGGAGAAGCUGUACGAGGAGAUGGUGAAGAGGGCGAGAGACAGCGUGAAGGGGGGUGGGGAAAUUAAGGCGAUCUUGUGGUUUCAAGGCGAAAGUGACACCUCUACUGAACAUGACGCUGAUGCGUAUCAGGGGAAUAUGGAAGCCCUUGUUGCUAAUGUGCGCCGGGACUUGGCUUUGCCUUCUCUCCCAAUCAUUCAGGUUGCAUUGGCAUCAGGAUUGAAGUACACUGACAAGGUGAGGGAGGCUCAAUUGGGGAUGAAAAUGGAGAAUUUGGUGUGUGUUGAUGCAAUGGGAUUGGAACUACAAGAAGACAACCUCCAUCUCACAACACAUUCUCAGGUUAUUUUAGGGCAAAUGUUGGUUGAUGCUUACUUUACCCACUUUGCUCCACCACUUUCAAAUGAGUGUCACUCUAGUUCUCAUUGAUAACUAUUUGGUUCCGUUUACCAUUUUGGAGUAAUGGUGAUGUAUCGCACUUUUGAAGUUAGUGAUUUCGAUCCUUGAUAGAGUAUGGCGCA